AUUUACUGCGACUUAGCUGCUUCGCCUCAUUUCUUGCAUAUUCCGCAUUCUGGGUCCAGCGCGAGACGAGCUGAGCAAGGAGCGGCCGCUGGACCUGCGACGUGUAAAAUUUACCACGGGGGUGUCAGGCAUUUCGAACUUUGGCUCCAAAACAGCCAGGCAGCCUAGGGGCCGUGGAGAGGAGGAGGCCGCAGCUGGCCGGCCGGAGCUCAGUGCCGCGGAGAGCGCCGUCGAGGUCGCAGCUCAGGGAUGCAGCCCUGCCCCCUAGCGCCCCUCCCCCGGGGCCCGAACAGAGACGCGCCGUCCGGGAUUCUGGGAGCUUCCCCAUGCUUGCGCGCCCGCGGCGAGGCAUGAGCAACGUCGGUGACUUGUCGUUUGGGACGCGGAGAUUCGGGAGCAUGCUGCUCGCUGCACUCGCCACGCUGCUGGUCCACCUGGCAAGUGGCGGGGACCCCUGCAGGCCCGGAGGACCAUCUGCCACCGGCAACGGGACCUGCCCAGCCCCCGAGGCCUAUCUCAUCUUCAGCUACGGCCAGGCCGUAUUCCGCAUCGGCGCUGACGGGGGGGCUCAAAGGAGGCUCCUGAGGGGCGCCGGGGCCGUAGCCCUGCUGGACUUCCACUACACGGAUGGGAGGCUUUACUGGGUUGACACGGAGUCGGGGAUCAUUCAGAGGACACUGUUGAAUGGGACGCGUCGGCAGAAAGUCCACUCAGCAGGAAGGGGCAUAGCAGGAUUUGCUGUGGACUGGAUCCGGAACCAACUGCUCUGGGCCAAUCGAGACAAGGGAACGAUAGAAGGAAUCGAUUCAAACGGGAAAAAUCUGAGGACGGUUUUAGCAAAUCUGUCCAACCCCAGCAGUAUUGCAGUGGAUCCAAGCAACAGGUUCAUAUUUUGGGUAUCAGACACCUUAACUUCAAGCAUACAGAAGUCAGGCCUGGAUAGUGGGCCGACCAUCACCAUCUUAAAGACUUCCAGCAGACUCGGGACACUUUCCCUAGACGUGGCGGACAGGAGGCUCUUCUGGGUUCAGUCCAGUUUAGGUGGCAGGGCUACCAUUGGCUCUUGUGACUACAAUGGGAAUACCAUCAACCUCAUGAAGCAGCCGCCCCACUCACGACCUCUGGGGAUGUCUGUGUUUCUGGACAAUGUGUACUACACCGACACGAAGGCCCGGUCCAUUAUACGGGUCAGUAAGCACACAGGUGACAAAGCAGUGAAGAUCACCCCCAAUUACAUGCCCAAACCCCCUGUCUCCGUUAAAGUGGUACAUCCCUUUGUCCAGCCCCUGCCAAAGGCUCCACCCACCACGCUCAAAGCUUUACCAGGUGGCCUGUCCUCCGACCUCGAUGGAGGUUGUGACGUGCUGACGGGGGACUGUGUAAGCGUGUGCACUGCUCACGCCACCACAGCCGUGUGUCAGUGCCAGGACGGGUUCACGCUCAGCGGACACGGCAACUACUGUGAAGAUAUUAAUGAGUGCGCUCUGUGGACUCACGGCUGCACCCUGGGCUGCGAGAACAUUCCGGGCUCCUACGUCUGUACCUGUCCUAAGGGAUUUGUGCUUCUUCCGGACAUGAAAACCUGUCGUGAGCUGACACCGUGUGCGAAGACGACGCCCACCUGCAAACACGGCUGCAUCCAAACAGAUGACGGAGAUGUCUGCGCAUGCCUGGCGGGGUCCGUCCUGCAGCCGGACGGGACGACCUGCACCGGGUGCUCUCUGCAAGACAACGGGGGCUGCAGCCAGGAGUGUGUGCCCCUGGGCCCGGGUGGAUGGGACUGCCAGUGCCGCCCCGGGUACAGCCUGCAGGGCGACGGGAGGAGCUGCAAGGCCACAGGUCCUCGUCCGUAUCUGAUAUUCGCCAAUGCCAUAGACGUCCGCCGCAUGGACUGGGACGGCACAGGGGACCGGGGUCUGCUGCAGGAGCCGCGGGGAGCCAUCUUAGCCCUGGACUACGACCCAGUGGAGAGGAAGGUGUACUAUGCCAGCAGCAGCCUGCGACGAAUCGAGCGAGCUAGCCUGGAUGGCAGCGACCGCGAAGUAUUGGUGAGCGAGGGAUUGGACACCCCUGAGGGCCUGGCCGUGGACUGGAUUCACCGCAAGCUGUACUGGACAGACCGGGGACUCUCGACUAUCGAGCGGAGCGACCUAAACGGACUCGAGAGGGAAAUCAUUAUCGACCGAGAGCUACAGAAACCUAGAGGAAUCGCUGUUCAUCCCCAGGCAAAGAGGUUGUUCUGGACAGACAUGGGUGAGACGCCAGCCGUGGGAAGUGCUUCUUUGGACGGGGAAGACCGGGCAGUGGUGGUUAGCACUGGCCUGCUGGAACCCAGUGGCGUCGCAGUGGACUAUGCCGAGGGGCGACUCUAUUGGUGCGACAGCAAGAUGGGGGUCAUCGAGGAGGCGGGCCUGGAUGGGUCCACCCGCCGCGUCUUGGUCGAGAACCAAGUAGGUCGUCCGUUUGACAUCGCUGUCUUCGAGGACCUGCUCUGGGUCACUGACUGGGACCGGUAUGUGGUUCUGCGGCUGAACAAGCGCACCGGACAGAACCUGGAGCGUGUCUCUGGUGACGUGGUCAGGCCAGCCUCCCUGGUGGUCGUCCAUCCACUCGCCAAACCGGGUGCAGAUGCCUGCUUGCAUAAUAAUGGAGGGUGUGACCAGCUGUGUGAAAGCAGGUUUGGAUUGGCCCAGUGCUCCUGUCACUCAGACUUCAUCGAGUCUCCCAGUGGUGGAACCUGCCUGCCGUCCAAUUCAACUGGGCCAAGUCUAGUGCACUUCCAGUCCGGAGAAUCUGGAGAUGAUGAGACCCACAAAGCCGUGGUCUUGAAGAACGAGACGCUAAGUGAUGAAGCUCCUCUGGUGAAGGAGUCGGGGCCGGAGCCCACCAUGGAGGACCAGGCGGUGGUCACCUUGGCCACGGAAAAGAUGGUGUCAGACCAGGACUGCUCCUCCCUGCUUUGCCCCACUCAUGCGCGCUGUCUCCAGGGUGCGGGAAGCUCCACCUGCCAGUGUCUGGAGGGCUUCAUCAGUGUCGGGAAGCAGUGUGUGGAGUCUCCCCGCGCCUCUUGGGUGACCACGGACACCCCCGCGGAUGUGACCACACAGGGGCAGAACCGAGAUCGUGUGGAGAAUUGCCCCCUGUCCCACGAAACCUUCUGCCUGAACGACGGAGUCUGCUUGUACUUCCCCGAAAUCCAGUCCUACGCUUGCAACUGCGUGUCCGGCUUCAUGGGCGAGCGCUGUCAGUUCAGCGACCUGGAGUGGUGGCAACUGCAGCAGGCCGAGCAGCAGAAGCGACUCAACGUGACCAUCGGCGUCUGCGUGCUGCUGCUCGUCACGCUGCUCUCCGUGGGCGUUGGCGCCAUCUACUGCUACAGGUCCAGGCGGCUCUCCCAAAAGUGCCCCCCAGCUGACGACAUGAGCGAUACAAGCGGAGCUGAAGACAGCAGGAGCGCGACCUUGGACCGAGGCCCCCUGGAGCUCUACGUCACUCUGGAGUCAGGUCCAUGUGGAAACGGCGAAGAUAUCCACAGCACGGGGUGCCGGACGGGACAGCGCCGGUCCUCUGUCUCUUCUGGAAAAGGGGAGAGCAUCAUAUCACAGCCUAUCAGCUCGCCCCGCCCCGAGGUCCCCAGUACUGGUGUCCACCUCAAGUCCGUCGACAACCUCAUCUUCCUGGAUGACCCCAGACUCCAGUGCCAGAUGCUCUGAAGCUGUAUCCACCACAGAUAUGACAUGUACACAGAUAUAGUUGCUUCACACCAGCCAGUUAUGCUGCAGUCGGGGUCUUUACACCUGUGCUACCAGCAACCCUAAACUCUUGCGUGCCUAUUUUCACCCAACAGAGGCCAAAGGAACGUAAAGACCAGGAAAAAGCUACGUGUAGAUAUCGAAGUGUUAUACAGUAUGUUUGAAUUUGCAAAACUCUUCGCCCUGCGGCACCUUCCGUUUUAUUUAAGUCGGCUCCUCAUAUCCACACUGAUACUGCGGCCAGUUUCAGACCGAUUGUUCAUCCUCGCUCAUCGUCUGUCAUGGUCUUCUGGUGGAGUUUGGGAAAGCUAGAGACGCACAGCAUGUCAGAGGUGCAUCAUGUUAUUGAUGUGAAUCAGCUAGAUUUUAAACAACGUAGGACAGUUCCGAGUCUAUCUACCAUCCGUACAUCUACCCAUCUUAUGCUCAUCUUAUUCAAGAAUGUGCAGAUCAAUUUCAGCCUGGCAAAUGAGUUAACAUCGGCAGUGACAUUUGUAUUUAUCUCUUUAUGUUGUGUUCAGCUGGGUGAACCAUACCAGGGCUCACUGUAAAUGUUGUGAAUGAACGACCAGUCACAAAACCAAAAUGGUAACUCUACACCAUUUUCUUAGUGCAGAUCCCUCAUUUCUGCAGUUUUUAAAAGCCCAUUUAAACCCCACUCCCCGGGGACCACCAGCGAUUCCACAAAUCCCGUCUUUGGAUGAGCUGAGAGUGCAGCCCUCUGUCGGGUUACUUCAGGUAAACGUGCAGGUGCUGGACGAGCAACGUCUGCCUGCAGGCCCUGGAGCAGAGUGGGGGAGAGCAUACUGGAAAUCCAGUUUUUGUCCAUUUUGCUUUCCAUUUUCAGAGGAAGCCAAUGUCUUGUUAGAUCCAAAACGUUUGUCACAGGGAUGAAGCUUGGAUUGACAUACAUAUAUACCUCCAGGGUGUUGGAGGGGAAUAGAAAGUCUGCCAGAUUCAAUGGGCCCAGCACUUUAAACCCCCCCCCAGCAAAAAGUUUUGUCAGGGGGCCCAUAAUUUCUGGCUCCGCCCCUGUAUACCUCACAGACAUAUACAGCACAUGGACUUCCAUAAAAACUGGUGAUGAGUAUAAAAGUCAAUUCUAGCCACCUAAAGAAAUCUGAUUCGUAUUUGUCCAACAGACUGCUUUACUGUUUUCAAUUGUAACUUUUUUUAAAAUAAUUUGUUUUCGUUUGUACUCGUCGUGAAUGCUACGCUUUUUAUUCCUUGAUCCUCGCUAUUUUUUUACGUAUGGACAGGCCGUAUUUCAGCAGAAUGUUUUUAUCGCUGCCUAGCCUGUCUGUUUCACUGUGCACAUCCUGCGUUGCAUUUCAAAAAGACGCCAUUUGUCAUGCAGAAGCCAAGUGACGGUCCCAAAAAUGCAGUGAUUUCGCUGUCUCAAAUCCGUGCUUGUCCCCUUUUGUUACAUUAAUAAAUGUAUAGGAGAGUUACUACAUGCGUUUUGUGGAAAAACAAAUUAAAUAGUCCCAGGGAAAUGUUUCUGCAAAAAUGUUUAUUAUAAAAUAUAGUUUAAUGCUGUACUAGCGACUCCAGUACCAGGCAGAUCAGAGAGAAUGAAAUUGGCAGAAUGAAAUGAACCAUCUUUAAGAUGUGCAGGUCGGCUGUUUGUGAAUGACGGACAUCUGCCAGCGAGCCGAGAUUGUUCGGGAGCCCAGUUAAUCCCACACAUUUCCAGGGAGAGAAAAUAUUUCUGUUCAAAGGUUCGAGUGCCGCAAAAAGGCAUGACAAGCGCUGAACGACGGCGUUAUCCUGAGCCGCGCCUAGGGGCAGAGGGAUUUGAUCAUCGCCCUGAUGGUCUGGCAGCAGCCAUGUGGUUGACAGUUUUCAGGUCUUACAAUGAUCUCACCUUCAGCCUGCUCCUGACCUCCUCUCUACUGUUAUGUAGCAUGCAGCUCGCUUAACUUUCAGAUCCUCCAUAAUUCGUCCUGGUAUGUAAUGUCUUCAAUCUUCAUUAUUAACGUGGAUCAGACGUUCAGACAAAUAUGAAUAAAGUCCAACACAGCCAAUGCGUGUAAGGUUGAUACUUUAAAUUUGAAAGAAAUAGGGACGCCACCCCCACCCCCGGCUCCACGACAACUACAUUUUCCGAGGGGAGGGGACUUGAUCGCUUGGUCAAAAAAUAUGGCACAAAUCGCAUCCCGUACUGGUUCAGAGUGGGUUAAUCCCAAGGCUGCUAACUUUUGUCAGCUGGCUGGCGUGAGAUUUUCAGUUCGAGACAAUUCUGCA